CGGAAGUCGGCGGCGGCGGAGGCGGUGAGUGCGUGGCUGGCUGUCGGGGCUGGCGGACUCCGCUCCUGACCGGGCCAGUCUGGGCUCAGGGGCACCGGGCUUCGGGCUCUGGGUGCGCGGACGGGGCCAGGCUGCUUGAGGACCUCGCGACCCGUGUGAGCAGAGCUGCCCUGCACCACCAUGUGCAUCAUCUUCUUUAAGUUUGAUCCUCGCCCUGUUUCAAAAAAUGCGUACAGGCUCAUCUUGGCAGCCAACAGGGACGAAUUCUACAGCCGACCCUCCAAAUUAGCUGAUUUCUGGGGGAGCAACAAUGAGAUCCUCAGCGGACUGGACAUGGAGGAAGGCAGGGAAGGAGGCACAUGGCUGGGCAUCAGCACACGUGGCAAGCUGGCAGCACUCACCAACUACCUGCAGCCACAGCUGGACCGGCAGGCCCGAGGACGAGGUGAACUUGUCACCCACUUUCUGACCACUGAUGUGGACAGCUUGUCCUACCUGAAGAAGGUCUCUGUGGAGGGCCAUCUGUACAAUGGCUUCAACCUCAUAGCCGCCGACCUGAGCACAGCAAAGGGAGACGUCAUUUGCUACUAUGGGAACCGAGGGGAGCCUGAUCCCAUCGUUUUGACUCCAGGGACCUACGGACUGAGCAACGCGCUGCUGGAGACACCCUGGAGGAAGCUGUGCUUUGGGAAACAGCUCUUCUUGGAGGCUGUGGAGCGGAGCCAGGCGCUACCCAAGGACGUGCUCAUUGCUGACCUCCUGGAUGUGCUCAACAACGAAGAGGCACAGCUGCCAGACCCAGCCAUCGAGGACCAGGGCCGGGAGUACGUGCAGCCCAUACUGAGCAAGUACUCGGCUGUGUGUGUGCGCUGCCCCGGCUAUGGCACCAGAACCAACACCAUCAUCCUGGUAGAUGCAGAUGGACAUGUGACCUUCACUGAGCGUAGCAUGCUGAACAAGGACCCCUCCCACUGGGAGACCAGCACUCACGAGUUCACACUGCAGAGCUAACCCCACUUCUGGGCGUGCCCAGUGGGCUCCUGGGAGGCCCCGCCUUGGGGACAGUUUGGACGGGAAACCUUCCUUGGCCAUACUGCACUGCACUGCCUGUGGCGUGGCCAGUAUCCAAGCUCAGGGCCCUGUGGUUUGCGUGUUACCCGUCUGUGUCCCCACGCCCAGCUCAGGGUCUGCCUUUAUGCCAGUGGGGAGCAGCAGAGUCUGACAUCAGGUCUAGGGCUGGCCCAGAUAUACCAUGAACACGUGGAUACAUCUGAGCCCACUCCAGCACAGGUACACAGGCACACACACAGCAUUACCCAUACACCUCUGCAUGUGCACAAGCACACACACGCAAGGCGCAUACGUGCACCAACACAUGCACAGACGUGUGCACACGUACAUGCAUAGGUGUACUACACGUGUGCACAGCUGCACACACACACACACACACACACACACACACACACACCAUGUUGGAUGAGGCAGCAGGGUGACUGUCACCCCUCAUGUGCUUUUGGCCAGUGGAUUUUUGUUCUGAUCCAACAACAGGAAUAGACUGGUAUUUAAAAGCGGCCCCUCCUCGCCUGUGGCCACAGAGCACAGGUGUGCUUGGAUUCUUGACAAGCACACCUGGCCCUGCAGAGGAGACAGCCACAUUUGGAAUGGGGCACAAAGAAGACCUGAGAGAAACCCACUCUGAUAACAGAAGUGCAGGCUUAGUGGCCUCGAGUGUACCAGGUGUCCUGUGUGUUGGGGACAAUGCUACGUGAGCCGGGAGGCUCCAUGUGUACCAGGGGCCCUCAGACCCCCGCUUGCCCAGCUGGAGGCCAUGGCUCUGGCGGCCCCAUCUCAGCCAGCCCUGCCCUCUCCCUCCCCUUUGCCAGUGAGGCAAACUUCGUAGGAAUCUGUACCUGAAUCUGAGCUGCUGAUAAUAAAACUGAGGCUGUGGUGAGCGC